ACUUUGACACUUUUACUUGACAUGUCUGCCUCAUCUCUACAGAUUUUACAAGUUUUUUUUUGUAAUUAAACGCGAAAGAAAUCCUCCCAUUAUUUGUCCAUAUUUUUUUUCUCCUUUUAUAAACUCCAUUCUAAAAAAUGUCUAAAAAAUAUAAAAAUAAAUCUCUAUCAGAGCGUGUAUCAGAAAAUUUGAAUCCACAUCUAAACGAUUCAGACAACACCUCCGAAGAUGAAGAAACACCUAAAGUAACACACUUUGAUGAGGAUGACUACAACUUGGGCCAGGACGAAUCAAUUAAAUCCCUAAGCGAAAUUCGCAAAAGAAAUGUUAAAUUACUAUCUGAACAAAGCAAUAAAUACAGUGGUGUAAUUGCAUCGCGAAAAAACUAUGAUAUGUCCGAUAUUGAUGAUGAUGAUAGUCAGACAAGCGCCCCUGAAGAUUCUGAAAUCUUCAAAAAUGAUCCAAAUGAUUCGGAGAAUGAUAAUUCUAAGGAAGAAGAUAGUGACGCAGAUCAAAUAAGCAAUGAAGUUGCUGAUUACAGCACGAACGAAGACGAGGAACCAGGUGACACCGAAUUAGUAUCUGCUAAAAACAACAAACUCGAAACCGAAAAGGGCAUUUGUGUGCAAAAUCAAUUGUCCAUCUGGGAGAAGCUAUUGGAAAUACGAAUUCAUUCACAAAAAAUGCUCAACAAAGCAAAUAGUCUACCUGAUCCUAUUGAUUUCAAUAAACUCUCCUCGAAUAAAGAAUUCAAGGACACAACUCAAGAUGUUAAAAAAAAUGCCGAAAUCCUUCUUGAGAAAUUAAUCGAAACUCAAGUUACACUUGCAAAUCAAUUUUCAGAAAUAAAAAAACUUGGCCUUUCCGCCAGAAAAAGGACCAAUUCACGAUCGAGUGGCGAAGGUAGUGACUACUCUUCGAAAAAAUUUGCUCCAGCUAUUGAAGAGAAUUUUGAAAAGUUCCGCCCUUAUCGCAAUACAGUUCUUCUCAAAUGGGAAGACCGUACGAAGCUGUUGGCUCCUUCGUCGGGAAAACAAAGAAAACAACUUACUGAAGAGUUUGAUAUUGUUAAGAAAGUCGAUAACAUUUUAAUGAAACGUGAUGAACACAUUGCAAAGUCACAAAAACUCAAAGGAACCUAUAAACUGUUUGGCCAAAAUGAAACCAAUGAUUCGGCGGAUGGGAAGGCUGAUGAAAUAGAAGUUUCUAGUCCACAUAUUUAUGAUGAUACAGAUUUUUAUCACUCUCAACUGAGGGAACUUAUCGAAUUCAAGUCAAAUGUAUCGUCGGAUGCUUUUGAUGUAACAAAGCAAUUUGCUGAAUUACAAAAACUUAGACAAAAAAUGAAGAAGAAAGUUGAUACUAGAGCUAGUAAAGGUCGCAAAAUAAGGUAUGUUGUCCAUAACAAACUAGUCAAUUUUAUGGCACCGAACGAUACUACCGAUUGGACAGAUGAAUCAAAGAAUGAACUUUACAGGUCGCUGUUUGUAACGUAGUUACUUACUAGGUUCUAGAUGUAGUGGAAUAAAAUUAACAUUAAUGUAAAUACAUGUGUCCCUAUUAAAUUAAACUUAUAAAUUUAGUAAA